AUGGCGGCCUGCAGCGUGGAGCAUUCCCUGACGGCGCUCCGGGACGCAGCCUGCGACAAGGAUGAGGCGGUGCGGCAGCAGAUUGUGCAGUCGCUGCGCGAGCUGGGGGGCCACCACGUUGAGCUGGUGCUGGUGUCCUGCCACAACUACCUGAGCAAGCACAGCCAGCUGGAGGAGGAGCACCGCGUGGCCAUCCUGCAGAGCAUGGAGCUGGUGGUCAAGGACGCCGGGAGCCAGGUCAGCGAGCUGCUGGCCAAGAAGCUCAUCGCCGCCGCGGCCGAGGGGCUGGUCAAGCCCGACGAGGCCCUGAGCGAGGGCUCCAAGGCGGCCCUCAGCGACCUCCUCGUGGCCCUGGGAGGCAGCUUCGUCGAGGAGGUCCUGGACGAGAUGCUGCACAGCUUCAAGCCCGACGUCCUCCCGGAUGCCUUCGUCGUGCGGACGGUGGCGAGACUGUCCGUCGCCAACGUGCAGGGCAUGACGCCCUACCUGGCCACCGUCUUCGAGGCGGUCAUCCCCAUGCUGGGCCUGGCGAAGCCGGACAGGAUGAAGGCGGCCUUGGCUGCAGCCUUGGGCCUUCUCAGCAGGAGCGUCCUCAAGUGCCAAGACGGGCUGCCUGACCCGACGCUGAAGAAGGAGGCCUUCUUCCAGGAGAUCCACGCCGCCUACGACACGCUCUUCAAUGCCUGGCUCCCACUCAAGGACCCCAGGCUGAGGAUGGAGAUACUGUCAGCGCUGGGGGACAUGGUGCACGUGAUGUCAUCCGACAAACUGCUGGACGAGGUGCCCAAGCUAAUCCCGGCGAUCGCCUCCUUCUACAAGAAGCAGCACGAGCCCUUUUACAUCACCAGCUGCCUGCGCCAGAUAUUGGAAGUGGCGAGCAAGAUGGACGCCCGCGCUCUGGACUCCCCGGCGGACGGCCUCCUGCACUCGCUCCAUCACCAGAUCUGCCUGCCGUUGGACCCGGAGAACGAGCUGGCCGCGAGGAACCACAGCGAGCUCCUCGGCUGCUUCGCCGCCCUGGCGCGGGUCUCGGCCGACCUGCUGCUCAAGUUCCUGCUCCACAAGCUGGCCAACAACGAGCGCGGCCGGCUGGGCACGCUGGCCGCCCUGCGGCACCUCAUCACCGCCGUGCCGGCAGAGCUGGAGGGCAAGCAGCCGGCCAUCCUGGCCGGCAUGAGGGCGCCCCUCCAGGACGCCAACACCCGCACCAAGAAGGUGGUCCUGGAGGUCAUCGAGGCCAUGGCCGCCCACGGCUACCUGGAGCUGGAGGGGGGCCUCGCCAUGGUGGAGUUUGUCAUCUGCCAGUGCAGCCUGCCGGACAGCAGGCGUCCGCCCGCCAUGCCAAAGCCCGGGGAGCUGACAGAAGGCGAGCUGAAGGCGGCCGCCCAGGACCUGAUGGGCCAGCUGGCCGCCACGGAGAAGAUGGUGGCUGUCCUCUGGCCGUCCCUGCUGGAGUUCGUCACGCCCGUGCAGUACACCAACGCGCUGGCAGUGGUCUGCCGCAGCUUGGAGCACCUGGCGACGAGGAAGCGCCGGGUGGGGAUGGGUCUCUUCGAGCUCAACUACGACACCCGGCCCAGCCUCCCGUCCCCCCAGGCCCUGGUGGCCCGCCUCUUGGUGGUGGCCUCCUUGCCCUACGAGGGGCGGGGGCGGGGGGUCCCGGCACUCAAGCUCCUGCUGGCCCUCAGCCCCACCAUCCACCCGGCGCUGGAGAAGCUCUGGGCGCAGGAGCUGCCCGUCCUGCUGCGCUACGUGGCCGACCACUCUGAGGAGACAGCGGCCCAGCAGCAGUGGGAGAAGAACCUGCUGCUCGUGCUCUUCAAGACGCUGGAGGUGGUGGCCGACAGCCGGUGGACCUGCCGCCUGGGCGAGGAGAUGACCAACCACAUCAACGCUUGGCACAGCGCCAUCGUGCCCUACCCCCACGUCUCGCGGGAGAAGCAGUUCCUCUACAAGUGCCUGGGCAUCGUCCUCCAGCACACCAACAGCACCGAGGUGAUCAACCAGCAGCUCCAGGAGAUGCUGUUCAGCGUCCAGCACGGCGAGGCCCUGGAGCGCGAAGGGGUGGCCAUCGGCGUCGGCUUCUGCGCCAUGACCCACUUCGAAAAGACCCUGGCCCGGCUGGAGGAGUUCGUCAAGCUGGACGCCCUCAAGAAGACGGUCAACUUCUUCAACACCCUGAUGGAGAAGGUGGACGGCGACAUGGAGAAGAUGAAGAGCACCCUGAUCCUCUGCUACGGCUAUGUGGCCCUGUACGCCCCCGAGGACCUGCUGCUGCCCAGGAUGGAGGCCGGCAUCCUGCAGCACGUGGUCAACCUGUCCAACACCAAGGUGCUGGGCAUCAAGAUCGAGAGCAAAGACCUGAUGAUCAAGCUGAGCCUGAUCAAAGCCGUCACCCUGAUCGCCAAGGCCAUCCUGUCCAACAAGUGGCGGCCAUCCUACGCCUUCACCAGGAAGGGCGAGCUGCUGACCAGCAUGCAGAGCCUCAUCAAGGCCGAGUGCCGGACCCAGCUCAAAGGCCCUGUCCGCUACAUGGCCAUGGCCGCCUGCACCUUCCUCAUUAAACUGGAGCCCCCGUUGAACAGGGCCUACGUCACCGAGCUGAUCAAGACCUGCCUGGACAGCGUGCUGGGCCUGCAGCCUCUGGUGGCCGAGCGAGGCAAAGAGGAGAGCGCGGAGGAGAAGGAGAGGGAGGGCUUUUACCAAGAGACCCUGGCAGCCCUGCAGGGCCUCCUGAAUGAGAUCCUCCUGCGGGUCUUGUCCCCCGACGGUCUCCAGGCCGUCUUCAAGCAUGUGGAAGGCUGGAUCAUCUCCACGAAGGACCACGAGCGGGAGCGGGCGCUGGAUGUCACCUCCAAGCUGAUGGAGGUCUACCUGGAGAGGAUGGUGGUGCACUCGGAGGUGGAGUUCACCCACCUGGGCACCAUCGUGGGGCGGCUGGUUCCCCGGUGCACUGACCCGGUGCUGAAGGUGCGCCAGCUGGCCAUGGGCAGCAUCUACAGCCUGUUCUACAUCCACCAGCGCUACGCCGGGCUCCGGGACGGCGACAGGGACGAGCUGAUCGAGCACCUGAAGGCCAUCGGCGCCCGCCUGGACCAGUCCGACAGCCAGGUCCUGCUGCGGGUCUGCUCCGACCUGGCCAAGGUCAUCGCCCGGCGGCUGCCCCAGGACCAGGUCAGCACGCUCCUCUUCGUCCUCUUCGAGGGGCUGGACGACCACUACUUCAGCUGCUCCAGCGCAGCCUCCAUCGUCAUGAACACCAUCAUCCGCUCCUGCGGCACCGUCCUGGAGAGUCACGUCUCGGAGAUCCUCAAGGCCCUCUACAUCCGGCUGCAGUGGAUCGCCGGCGAGCAGGUGAAGCUCUCCAUGAUCCACUUCAUCUGCGUGCUUGCCUCGCAGAACACGGCCGAGGUGGUCUCCUGCCUGCUCUGCUCGCCCAUCCCCUUCGACAGGCACACCAGCGACAUCUGGAGGGCGCUGGCCGGCGAGCCGACACUGGCCACCCGCACCAUGGAGCUUCUGAUGGAGGCGCUGGGCAAGCACCUGAUGCCCAGCGAACGAGCGGGCUCCCUGGUGCACAAAAGCGGGGCCCUCUGCUCGGCCCUGGAGCCGCUGGCCAUCAUCUGCGCCCUGAGCGAGAUGCUGGUGAACCCCGAGUCUGCAGCUGCCGUCAAGGGCCUCUACCCGCAGCUCUUCAGCACCCUGCUGCUCCACCUCAGCUCCAGCGUCGGGGUGGAGUUCCCCAAGGAGCUGUUCAGCGUGGGCAGCCCCAAGGAGUGGAAGAUCUCCCUGCGCAGCAAGCAAAGCACCUUCGACGUCUGCAACUACUCACUGGAGACCCUGAAGGCCGUGUUGACGGCAGGCCGGGACGAGGGCGUGGUGGCCGGCAUGGAGGAGGCGGGCGGCUGGAGCCUGGUCAGGAGCUCGGAGAGGCACCACGAGGGCGUCGCCCUGCUGGCCCAGGCCAUGGCCAGGCACGUCAGGCCCCAGCUGGCGGGCAUUGCCCACCAGCUGACCACUGCCCUGCCCAGCGCGCCCAAGUCCCUGCGGGUCACCCUGACGGCCUUCCUGGGCGAGCUGCUGAGCCAGCCGGUGGUCUCCGAGCUGCAGCUGACCGACGUGCUCCUGGCCAGCCUGCUGGGCUGCGCCAACGACGUGGUCCCCAUCGUCCGGCUGCUCUGCCUGCGGGGCCUGGGCGGUGUGCUCGCCGGCGACCCGCAGAAGGUGGGCCUCUACGCCCCCAAGCUGGUGGGCGCCAUGAUCUCCGGCAUCAGUGAGGGCGAGGACCCCCGGGACCUCGUCAAGCUCGAGGCGAUGGGCGGCCUCUCCCAGCUCCUGGCGCAUCUGGAGGAGCGGAGCGCGCGGAGCCUGUUGGCUGACAUCAUCCUGGCCGCCCAGCCGCUGUUCGAGAACGGGAACGAGCGGGUGCGGACGGAGGCCUUCGCCCUGUUCGGAAGCCUCUCCAGGUUCGGCGAGGGGGAGCUGCGGCGGGUCUACGCGGAGCAGGUCCAUGCCAGCCUGGUCAGCCUCAUCCUGCACGUCAACGACGGGGACGCCCAGGUGGCCGGGGCCUGCAGGGCCGCCCUGCGCUCGGCCGGACCCCUCCUCGGCUCCGACAGCCUGGCUGCCCUCUUCCAGGGCCAGCUGGACGAGGAGGCCGGGCCCGACUACUGGGCCUUCCUCGACGCCCUCUCCAAGCUCAUCGCGGCCGACCUCCCGGCCAAGGCCAGCAUCUACCUGGCGGUGGGCGUCACCUUCUUCAAGAGCCUGCUGCCGGAGAUCCGGGGCAACGCCGUCAUGUUCACCGCCUGCCUGCUGCAGAAGCUGCCCAGGAAGUACCACCAGGCCGUCACCAACGGCAACAUCUGCGUCGACAUCGUCGCCAUGAUGCAGGACCCGGUGCCCAGCGUCCGCCUGAAGGUGGCCAAGGCCCUGAGCCUCCUGCACUAA